AACUUUAUAAUGCUACCUUUACGUUUAAAAAAUAGUUUAUUAAAAAUUAUAAAUGGAUCAUUAGUAGAUUUACCAACACCAUCAAAUAUUACAACAAUAUGAAAUUUUGGUUCAUUAUUAGGAUUAUGUUUAAUAACCCAACUAAUUACAGGUAUUUUUUUAGCUAUACAUUACACACCUAAUAUUCAAAUAGCAUUUGAUAGAAUUAUCCAUAUUUACCGAAAUAUUAAUAAUGGUUGAAUAAUCAAAAAUUUACAUGCAAAUGGUGCUUCAAUAUUUUUUAUCUGUAUAUACUUACAUAUUGGACGAGGAAUAUUUUUUGGAUCAUUCAACCUUAAACCAACUUGAAUUACAGGAACAACAAUAUUAUUAUUAACUAUAGCAACCGCAUUUUUAGGAUACGUAUUACCUUGAGGACAAAUAUCUUUUUGAGGAGCUACUGUAAUUACUAACCUUCUCUCAGCAAUUCCAUAUUUAGGAGAAUUCUUAGUACAAUGAUUAUGAGGAGGAUUUUCUAUUAAUAAUGCUACACUAACACGAUUUUUUACUCUUCAUUUUAUUAUUCCCUUUAUUAUUAUUAUAAUAACAAUUAUUCAUUUAAUAUUUCUACAUAACACAGGAUCAAGAAACCCUUUAGGAACUAAUAGUGAUAUUGAUAAAAUGUCAUUUCAACCUUAUUUUUUAUUAAAAGACAUUGUAGGAUUUAUUUUAAUAUACUUUAUCUUAAUUUAUAUUAUUUUAAUAAAUCCUAAUAUAUUAAGAGACCCAGAUAAUUUUACCCCUGCUAAUCCUAUAAUUACUCCUCCUCAUAUUAAACCUGAAUGAUAUUUUUUAUUUGCAUAUGCAAUCCUACGAUCUAUCCCUAAUAAAUUAGGAGGUGUAAUUCUUCUUCUAAUGUCUAUUUUAA